AUGGGUCAAGAAAGCAAAGGAGCUGUGCGAUCACCGGUCUAUGGAUCUGAUGGAAGGAGGGAGGUAAGAGAGGGUGGGGAACAUGGGACCCGACUAACGGCUCUCAAGGUCUGGGACAAAAGGACACCCAGAUCCUGUUGGAUGGAGGGCCACCACACCAGCCGUCCCUUUGUUAGGGUAGACUGA